AUGAGUUUUAGCAAAUUUAAACAGUGGGCAAAUGAAAAAGUAGGAACUAGCAGUAAAACACAAACUACUGAUGAAUUUCAAGAAUUACGACAAAGAACAGAUGCAAGGCACAUUGCUUUUGAUAAGCUUCAUGUCGUAACAAAUGUUUAUCUUAGAUCUAUAUCAAAGAAAAUUGAAUCAUAUGAUGGCAAAACAAAAAAUUUACCAAUUGAAACACUUGGAACUACAAUGAGAGUUUAUGGUGAAGAAAUCGGUAGUGAGGCUGACUAUGGAGUGGCAUUGGUGAAUUUUGGUACCGCAAAUGAAAAAAUUGCAAAUACACAAGUUGAAUACAUAUCAAGAAUUCGUGAAGAAUUUCUUCUGGGAUUAGAAGAUUACAUUAAAGAUUUAAAACAUUAUCAAGUAUUAAAAAAAAAAUUGGAAUCUCGUCGACUUGAUUAUGAUUCAAAAUUAAACAGAGUACAAAAAUCUAAAAAAGAAAAACCAGAACUUGAAGAAGAAAUGCGUGCAGCUAAAGAGAAAUACGAGGAUACAAUGGAUGAUAUUACUAAUAAAAUGUUAAAACUUGAUGAAUCAGAGGAUCAAUAUUUAAGAGAAUUGACUGCAUUCUUGGACGCUGAAUUAGAUUAUCAUAAAACAUGCUAUGAUAUUUUAAACGAUGUGAAGAAAGAUUGGGUUGAAAGCCCACCAAAAAGGAACGUACGUCAAAAAUCCAAAAGAAGGAAAGCCACAAGUGAUUCAAAUAAUUCAAACUCUGAUGGCGGUGAAGAAAAAAAUCGUCAUUCAGAUGAUGAUGCAAGCAUUCGCUCAUAUUCAAGUUAUAGUCGUUCCAAAGGAAAAAAAACAACAUCUCGUAGAACUUCAACUAUCCAAAAGAAUUCAAAAUCAGAUAAUCUAAGUGUACCUAAUAAACUCACACGUUCCAAAAGUGCAUCUUCUGAAUCUUCUUCAGUUAAAUCGUAUGACGCUAUAAAUAAAUCACAAUCAAAAAAAUCAGGCAAAUCUACUACCACCACCACUACCUCAUCAUCACCUACAUCUACAUCUAAAAAAAAACAAGUAAAGGCAUUAUAUAGUUAUGAGGGAACUGGUGAUGAUGAGCUUACUAUUGAGGAUGGUGAUAUUGUCACUGUUCUGGAGGAACAUGAAGGAUGGUGGAUUGGUGAAAUUACCGAUCCAGAUGGAUCGGUCAGGACAGGAAUGUUUCCUGCUAAUUAUACUGAAGAAAUCAAAUCUGAAGCACCAUCAAGAAACAAUUCUAAUAAUUCAAAUAAUUCAUACUCAUCUCAUCGAUCAUCACAAAAACCUACUCACAGUAACACACGAGAAAGUAAUGGUGACGAAUCGCCACCACGUUCUUUAUCUCCUCCAGUCAGCACACCUCCUAUACCAUCACGUAGCACCAAACCAUCUCCAUCACGUAACUCUAUCAUAUCUGGUUCUCAACAAUUGACUCGACAAAAAACAAACGAAUAUUCAUCAAUCGCGCCAAAAAUCACAUCCCCAACACCUUCCAUCUCAAGAGCUUCUUACAUUACUCAAGAACAUACAAAAAAAACCAAUUCAUCGCAAGAUUGUGGUCCUUGUCAAGAGUGUGGUUGUGAUGAUUUUAGUCCAAAUGUAUUCAAAAAAGAUAAUUGCAAUAAUUGUUUUCAUAAACAUUAA